AUGAAGUCCACUCUAAAAAAUAACAACAUACAAAUUGAUAAUAACGAAAACAAGUAAUAUUUUUCUUCAUUGAAUUUAAAUAGCGAUUAAAAUUAAAGUUUUACUUUCAAAGCUGAGUAAUAAAGUCAAAAUUUUAAAAAUUAAACUCAAAAAAUUUAGUAAAGACCUUUCUCAGCUGUUAAUAAUAGAUAAAAUAUGAUUGUAAUAACAGAAAAUGAAGAAUAUAUGCCCUAGUAUGAGGAGUUAUAAAGCAAAAGCUUUUAGCUAAAUAAAAGAAAAUCAAAUAUAAAACCAAAUUCAGAUAAAAAAGAAAAUACUGAAAACAUUUCUAAGAUAUCUAUCAAUAGCUAAGCUUCCUCAAACAAUAAUUUUACUCUCUAAAAUCAAACAAAUUCACAAAAUUAAACUAAAAAUUAUUCAAACAGCAACAAAAGUUUUAAAAGAGUUAAAAUAUAAGCUAAUGCACAUUGGGGAGGUACAUAAUUUAUUCCUAAAAAAAAUCCAUUCAUUGAAUAGCAAAAGAGAGAAGACAUUAAUUAUGACUUCUAAAAAAUUAUGUUAAACUAAGUAUAUGCAAAAUUAUAAUAAAAAAUUAAAAAAAUACCACAUUUAGAUACAGAACAAUUGGAAACAGGAAAUCUAAGAAGAUACCUUUUGAAUUUAAUUAUUGAUUACUCUUUGUAUUCUGAAAUUGAAAUUUAAGCCCUAGCAAAAAUUGUCUAUAAUCACUUCAAAACUAUAGAUAAAAUUAAAAUUAUUGAAUGUAGCAAAUCGCUCUCAAAAGACAUUCUUAAAAACUCGUCAUAAGGUUAAAAAUUUACCUAAAAGUAUUUUUCUGAUAAUGUUAAUAGCCGAAAUUUAGACAAUACUAAUGAAGAUUUAACUCAAAAUAAAUAAAAUAAUACAAAUGAGCCAUCACCAAGACUAAAUCAACAAAAAUAAUAAAAUCAUUAUAAUUUAAAAGAUAAAUUUGAAAAUUAUUACUUUUAUAAAAAUCAUUAAAGUAAUUAUGCUAAAUGA